ACAAUCUUCCAUUUCUUUAAUCAAAACAAAUCGUAAAAAAUCUCUUACACAAACUUUUCAUUAGAAAAAUCAUCUGAUUUAAGUUGUAAAAGUAUAAAAUCAUUUUUAUCAAGCAUGUCAAAACCAAAUUCAGGAUUAACAUCAAAUGCAAAUGAACUUGAAUGGAUUCAAAUGAGGAAAGAAUUUAGCGCCGAUAGCGGCGUUGAAACAAAUAAAGAAAAGUUCAUACGAAAGUUUAAGUCAAAUCCUCUUGUUCCAACCGGAUGUUUAUUAACAGCAGCGGCUCUCACUUAUGGUCUUUAUAGUUUUCGUAAAGGUGAAAGAAAAAUGUCACAAAUGAUGAUGAGGGUUCGUAUUGCUGCACAAGGUUUUACAGUUGUAGCAUUAGUUAUAGGCGUUAUGACUGCUACUACCACCAUAGGAAACAAAGAUGAAAAGAAAUAAGCGUCAAUAGCGCAAUGCAAUUAAUGAAUUCUAGUGAGUUAUUUUACAAUGAGAUAUUUGCGUUUUAUUGGUAACAAAUGAGUUAUUAUGUACAAGUUAAACAUUUAUUAAAAUUAUCUUUAUGGUAAAGUGAACUAUUUCAUUAUAUUAAAUCUGUUAAUAUCC